GUGGAAAACAUCACCUGGGGAUCGCUCUACCCAGUGACGAUGGACAAAAUCAGGGAAGCAGCAAUUCAAGGCGAUGUUCAUGGAUUCAUAUUGCGAAUGCCUGACGGCUACGACACUAAAGCCGGAGCGAAAGGGGGGCAUCUCUCCGGUGGACAAAAGCAGAGAAUUGCCAUUGCAAGAGCACUCAUACAAAAACCGAGACUACUUCUGCUGGACGAAGCAACUUCAGCGCUCGACUCCACAAGCAAGGCCGAGGUGCGGAAAGUCAUAGAUAAGGCUUCAGUCGGUCAAACGACAGUGACGAUUGCUCACAGACUAUCCACGUUUAAAAAUGUUAUCUUCAUAGCGGUAGUCAGUCACGGACGAAUUGCUGAAUACGGAAAUCAUGGCGAACUGCAAGCGUUGAACGGGAUUUACGCGGAUAUGUGUCGCCAACAGAAUAUGUGA